GACUUGCUCCUGUCAUGUGUCAAAUUUCUUUUGUAGAAAGUUGUGUUGUUGCGCAAUUUUGACAAGCAAAAUGAUUAAAUAGAUCAUUAAAAUAACAGAAAUUCUUGUUGCAAACAAUUUUGUGUUGGAGUAUUAACAAUCUGUGAUGUGUUUUAUGUAGUAGAGCUGAUUAAAACAUUUGUUUAAAAACAAAAUGUGUUAUAAUCAGCUGGGUGGCCAUCUUGUUUAUAAAGUGUGAUUUAAACAUGGAAACAGACUUUUAUAUUGAAUUCCCACGUGUUAUUCUCUGAAAAACUGUAGAUAUGAUAUAUCAAAAUAUAGAAAAUAGUAAGUAAAAUGGCAACAAAUGAUGCCACUGGACCUGAACUUUUUCCUGGUUGGUCCUCUGUUGUUCACCAACCUGCUGAAGAGCCAGAAGAAACUGAUCUACCAAGUACAGUAGACAUUGCUGCAUUUAGCACAGGUCUAACUGUUGAACCAAGCAGUAAUACUCAAAAUGAUGAGGAAAGUGAUUCAGAAAGUGACUCUGAGGCUGAUUCUAGUAACUCGGGAACAGAUGGAUCUCAAUCAUGCAGCCAAUCAGACUCCUCAGAUUCAGAGAGCUCUUCAAGUCAGGAAUCAUCUUCGAGAAGUCCAAGUCCUGAAUUCUCUGUGACCACAUCACAGACAAACAGUCUAAGGCUAACCAUAGCACAGAUCAGGAAACCUAGCCCAGAGCAAGAGAAAAAAGUGGAGAAUAGGAAGAGUUCUUCAAAGACAGAGAGCUCAAGCAGUGAUAGUGAAGCAUCAAGUGAGUCGGAAUCAGAAUCUGAAAAAAGCGAGGUUAUGUCAGGUAAGGAUCCAAAACCUACUGAGGCAAAACCCGUUUCCAAAAACCUGAAGGAUAUCAAGAAAACCGUGGGAAGACUGAGAGCCAGAGUAACUGAAAGAAAGGAUGAUAAAAAUCAAAAAGUGGUGAAGAGAGAUGUUGCUAAACAUGGCACCAGUCAUAAUGUCACCAAGACCAGGCUACGUCAAAGGAAAACGAGAAAGGUAAGUUUUUGUUUUUGGGUUUGGAGUUGGUUAUGUAGAGUUAACAUUAUGUAGAAAUAUGACGAACAGGAGAAGAAGAAAUACAUUUAUGGAAUAAAG